AGUAGUGUAUCAGUCGUUUUCAUUCGGUACCUUUACGUUUGGUUUGCUUUGGCUUUGCCAGUUGCCACUUGCCUUUAGUUUUAUACGAACAUUCGUUGAGAGUGCUCGUCGCGCAAAUUUUUAUCAAUUAAGUAACUGCUGAAAUACCAAGCAAUCAUGUCCCUCCAAGAGCAAUUUGACCAAGCUGCUGCCAAUGUUAAGAAACUUAAGACCCUUCCCAGUGACACUGAUCUCCUAGAGCUCUAUGCAUACUUCAAGCAAGCAACGGUUGGAGAUGCCGACCCUGCAAAUAAGCCUGGCAUGUUCGACCUUAAGGGUAAAGCAAAAUUCGAGGCGUGGAGUGGAAAGAAGGGUCUGUCAAAGGAAGACGCACAGAAGGCAUACAUCGCAAAGGUGGAUAGCUUAGUCGCGUCCAUUGGCCUCCAAUAAAUUAGCUCUAAGUCAACAUGACGCUAUAUUAAUAAUAUGUCAAUCUGUGUUGCUAACACACAUAAAUGCUAUGUUGCCAGCGCUAUCGACAUAAUAUCAACGUAGUGUCGAAUCAUAUUAUUUACAUUAGUUGGUUUUAGAAAUAUUUUAGCAUUAUCUGUGCAAUAAAAUUAUACUUUUAAGUUUUUGAACUGUAAAGCACAAAUAAACAUGAAAUCCAUAUUCUUCCUUUACAUAAGCAUUUAUAAACUAUAUUUUUAAUAGAAUUUUUUUAGAUCUAUUAAAUUUUAUUUAUAAUGUUUUGCUAAAAUUAGAUUUUUUAAAGUGACUAGUGUUAUAACUUUUUUUAUCUGUGUAAAAUGGCAAACAGUUGUUUAAAUCGUGUACUUUUUUAGGGUGCAAACCGACGUCUUUUUUUUGAAUUACAUUAUAGUUCGUUCUGAAACUAUCAUUAUUUAUUUAUGUCUACAUCACAACGUUAAGGCUACCUUUGGAACACGAUGAGGUGCUCAUUAAAUUUUUUAUUGUUAUCAAUAUGGUAACAUUUUGUUAUUAUUUUUAUAUUGGCUUGAAAUAAAUCAGUAAAAAAUA